AUGGCCGCGCGAGCACUCGCCGCAGCUGCCAUCGGCCGCCGGGCGGCCAGGGAGACCAGGCCGCCCCUUCUCGCCUCCUGCAGGAAUCGCUCGGCCAGCGCGCAGCGUGUGGAGGAGGCCGCGGCGCCGGCGAUGACUACCGGGGAGCAGGUGGAGGCGGCGCUCAACACCAAGAACGUGGAGGUGCUCCAGGGCGAGGAGCACGUCGCGACGGUGCUCCCCGACGAGACCAUCGAUAUCGACAUCGGAGCUGGCGAGGACGCGUCGUGGGUGCCCGACCAGGAGACGGGCGUCUUUGUCCCCGCCGACGCCGACACCACCGCCACCCACGGUCCACCCGGCGACAUGCCCACGGCGGGUGGGUCGGUGCUGGACCAGGCGGUGUUCCUCCGGGAGGAGGAGAUGGAGGACGUCGAGAGGCCCGCCGUCGACAUGGCCAAUGGCAACGACUGUAGCGAGAAGUACUAG